AUGAAGCAGAGCAAUCAGUCCUCUCUGGCCGACUUCAUCCUCGAAGGGCUCUUUGAUGACUCCCUCACCCACGUCUUUCUUUUCUCAUUGACCAUGGUGGUCGCCCUUGCUUCUGUGAGUGGCAACUUUCUGACCAUCCUCCUCAUCUGUGCUGACCCCCGGCUGCACACCCCCAUGUACUUCCUGCUCAGCCAGCUCUCCCUCAUGGACCUGAUGUUCCUCACCACCACCGUUCCCAAGAUGGCUACCAACUACCUGUCAGGCAAGAAGUCCAUCUCCUUUGUGGGCUGUGCUACCCAGCACUUCCUCUACUUGGCAGUGGGAGGGGCUGAGUGUGUUCUCCUGACUCUCAUGUCCUAUGACCGUUAUGUUGCCAUCUGUCACCCACUGCAUUAUGCGGUUAUCAUGAAUGGGAGGGUGGCUCUGAUGAUGGCUGUUAUGUCAUGGCUGGGAGCAUCCAUGAACUCAUUAAUUCACACUGUGAUCUUGAUGCACUUCCCUUUCUGUGGGUCUCGAACAGUCCACCACUUCUACUGUGAGUUUCCUGCUGUUGUGAAACUGGUAUGCAGAGACAUCACUGAGUAUGAGAAGACUGUUUAUAUCAGUGGCAUCCUGUUCCUCCUCUUCCCUAUCCUCUUGGUCUCUACCUCCUAUGGCUUCAUUCUCCACAGCAUCAUUCAGAUGCGAUCUGCUGGGAGUAAGAGAAAUGCCUUUGCCACUUGUAGCUCUCACCUGACUGUGGUUUCUCUCUGGUUUGGUGCCUGCAUCUUCUCAUAUAUGAGACCCAGGUCCCUGCGCACUCCACUGCAAGACAAGGUUGGUUCUGUGUUAUAUAGCAUCAUCACCCCGACCUUGAAUCCUCUGAUUUAUACUCUCCGCAAUAAGGAUGUGGCUAAGGCUGUGAAGAGAGUGCUGGGGAGAGAUGUGGUCAUUCAAAGACUCUAG